AUGUCUGGAGUUAGGUCCUUGCCUAGGGGUAUUCACAAAACCUAUUGAAAUGGUCUCCCUGUCUGGGAGACAUGAUGCGCUGAGUUCUGAUAGUUAUUGGCACUUUAAGCCAUCCUGCAAGGUUCUAGAUAUUGUUUUAGCUUCCAUAUGUUGCUUCAGGGUACUAGAGGGGUGGUGAGGCUCAGUCAUCACAUAGGACACACAGUUUGGCUUUGGAGUCUUUGCAUGGUCUCUGACUCUUCCUUUCUGGUCAAGCUCCUGGUCCAGAUGGAACUCCUCUGCCCCCCCCCACACACACACACAACUGGUCUUCCCACCUUUGUCCUAGGCUGACUGCUGUGUCUAUAAUGCCUGUCCUAACAUUUGUAGCUUUCAAAUCCUUUUUACCUUGUCUAAAACAUUGUCCAUCUUACCAGAUCCCUUCCUCUGUAUCUGGGUUGAACCUGAAGUGCAGGCAUUUUAUUAACCAACCUGCAGAAAAGGGGCUGUUUGGUAAACAGUUUCUCAAAACCCCAUCAGAGUUCCAGUUGAGAGGCAGGAGAUAUCUACCUGGUCCCUCAGCCCACAAGACACUGAUGAAGUCAGUGCGAGGAUCACUCCAGUGCAUGCCGCUGGCCCUUCUAGGGCACAGGGUCCGUUUUCUGUACCAGGUGAUGAACCCUUGGUAGGAAGAGCCUGAUAGAUGCCCCACCAGGUUUAGAUCUCUGCUCAGUAACUCAAGCAUUUGAUGGUGUAGGUGUUACUUCAACUCCUUAAAUCUGUCUCAGUAGCCUUCUGUUGGACUACAACAAUCUUGCCCUUAAGGUCUUUAGCACCACUUGAGUUUUGGUCACCUGAGGGAAAUGAAGCACUCCUUCCCUCCCAGUGGCUAGCCAGGUGUUUGACACAACAUGCGUGGGUGGUAUUUUCAGAAAGGAUGGAGUAAGUCUCCCUGGGAUGUUUGCAGCAUGUUAUUUCUUCUGGCCACCACAGCAGAGCACCCCUCCUCAGCAGAGCAAGUCUUGCCCUCCCCCCCCUUGCCUGGGGAAUGUAGGAGCACCAGACUUGAGGUCCCCCCUCUGCCUUUCAUUGUGGUUGGUGUUUGUUUCCAACUUUUCCAAAAAGCAUUCUGAAGGAGUUUCUUGAAGAAGGAGCCUAAUAUAGUGUUGGAUGAGGGAAGCCAGGGUGAGUAUGUGUGCUAUGGACUGGACAGGUUCCAGGUUUUCUGGAGCUACAUCUGGGCUUCCUAAGGUAUGGGUCUUUCCUCAAUGUGAGGUGAAUGGCUUGGCCAAAUCUGGAAGACCCACUUGGGCAGCCCAGGUAAGGCUCAUGGGCAGAGGUGGGCCCAACAUCAGAGAAUCACAGACCUUCCUGGAAUCCUUCCACACAUCCUUGGCUCUGAAGCCUUGAGUCUCCUCUCCCUAAGUGUCUCCUUCCACGUUGUGGUCCUGGUGGGAAUUCCUGCUUCACUUCAAGCUGGGGCUGGGCAUUUGGGGCUUGGUUGGAGAGGAGAGAGCUGCCCACAACGGUAGUGAGUCAAAGGGUAAGAGUCUGGUGUCUCAGUGAUAUGUGAUAGCAAUAUCCAGCAUUGCAACCUAGGUACCUAGCUAGGCUUCUAUCCUAGAAAUUGCUGGGACAGGCCAUUUCUAAGGUAGGUCAUAACACCUCUCACUACCCACCACUGAGAUAGGCUACCUUAUGUACCUCCCAGAGCAAUCCAAGCUCCUUAGUGCCCCUGUGUCCCUAGACUAGGCUCUAUCUACUACCUCUUAGUCAAGGCUGUGCUGCCACAUACAUGUGCACACAUUUCAUAUGCUUCCAGGCCUUUGUUAAGUCUUCAACCCUACAUUCUUAACCACCAGUACAAGCUCAGUUUACAGCCCCUUGAUUUGAAAAGUCUUCUGGCAUCCCACCAUAGCUGCCCACUUUCUGCUCUGGCCUUUUCGUACAGGCUGAGCUUGGCAACCAUUACCUUAAUUGAGCCUGGUUUUCUACAGCCUGAACAGUUUCUACAAAUACAAGUUUCAGGUUAGCCCCAGACUUGUUAUUUAGGGAGGAAAUAGACCCAGAGAGCAUAAGUAGGUCUCACCAGCUCACAGCGGACCUGUCUUGACCCCAUUUCUUGUGCCUGGCCUCUAAAGCUGACCUGCCCACUUUCCCUUCAGGUGCUACUGAGGUCUAGUCCUCAGCCUUCUGCCUUCUCAUCCUGUGACAACUGAGGGUCCUAGCAGGCCAUGCAGCUAUGCCAAGGUAUGGAACUGCCCUCAAGGGAGAAGCUGGGGUGUGGACAAACUGGUUUGUUCAUCCCAGUUUAUUCUUGUCCUUGGAAGCCAGGCAAGGACUCUGCUCUAGGAGGUUUCCCCAGAGGCCACUUUGUUCUGAGGCUUCUAGUGCCCUCAUGCCUGAGAAAAGGAGGUGGGAACCCAUCUUCCCCUGUGAAGGUUCCACUCAAAGUGUUGUGUGGCUAUGGAGUAGCUCCUAACACGCUGGUUCUGCUGUCUUCUACAUCCUGGAACUUGGGCAAGCAGCUGGUGUAGGUGUUUCCUCUGUAGCCAUAAGAGUGUAGGACCCUGAGUAAUGGCAGUAAAAUCCAUUAGCCAACAGCUAGCCCCUGGACAGGCUUCGAACUCUCCAGAGGCUCUAAGGAGAUUUGUGGGAGGAGCUAGGAGAUAGAAAAUGGGAACCCUAUGACCUCCCUAUAUCCCUAAAGAGGUUAAGGCUCUUUGGCCAGCAUUUUGCUGGCUCCUUUUAUUCUAGUACAGAUAUGAAGAAAAUGAGUCUGGGGUCCAUUGUUAAGGUCACACAGAGUCAGAGAUAGAUUCAAAAUCCAGCAGCUUGAAGCAUGCACUUUUAGUCCCAGUACUCAGGAGGCAGAGAUUGAUGGAUCUCUGUAAACUCAGGGCCAGCUUGGUAUACAGAGUUCUUGAACCCCAGGUCAUGCUUGCCUGUCUUUUCCUGUCUGCUGAAAGUGCUGUCUGUGAAGUGCUUUCCAGGAAAAGCAAUAGGGCAGGUACAUAGUUGUCCCACCCGACAAGAAUCAAUGUUUUGAGCCUAAAGAAAAGGAGGCUUCCUGGAGGAGGCACUUUCUAGGCACUCUACACUGCUGGGAGCUCUGAGAACCAGACCUAGUUCCUACACUCAGCACUAGGGGGCAGCAGCGAACCAACUGGCCAGUAGUGUGUGACAUGACUAAUAUCUGACUGGCAAUGAGAGUACAAUGAGUGCAGACCUUCUGAGUACUGCUUUAGGAGAAAUGGAACAGUCAUGGGUAUCUGCAAACAAACCCAGGGUAUCUGUAAAGCUCUACAAUAGGAAGGAUGCCUCUGGGUUCCUAGGUGACUCCCAGGGUCCAGAGGUGGAGUUCAGCUAGUACCCAAUAGCAAGUAUAGGCAUUGACCUGGACCUGUGAAGUGACACAGCAAGACUUUCAGGGGCUGCUUCUCUUCUACUUUUAAUGUUGGACUGGAGCUCAGGGUACUCCCCCACCACCCAACAAGGUCUAACUGUGCUCCUUACCACAGACAAAGGAAACCCAGAGACACUGUUUUCUCUGAGCUGAGCCCUUCCUGUCUUUAGUAUGUCAGGGGGCAGGCUGAUAGACACUGUUCCUCUGCUGACCAGAGGGUUUAGCCAAGUUGCUUGGGGACCAGGCUAGACCCUGUGUCCAUCACAGCCUGUGCAGCUGGAGUCCCACGGAGUUGCAUUUGGUUCUCACCUCCCAGAUGUUAGAUGUUGAUACCGUGUGAUGGCCUUUUCCUCUGCAGAUUCCACAUUUCCCACUCCUGCUCUCCUGCUGGCUCCUCAGAUGAGGUCCCUGCCUAUCCCUGUGAACAUAUUAAUCCCACAUGGUUUUUAACCUGUCCCUUCCCCAAGAUUGCUAUAUUUCUUGAGGAAUAGCCCCAAGCUGUGCCCUGCCUCAGGCCAUUGAAGUUCCCCUCUGGCCUCUGCCAAUUUUCCCUGGUGGACUGUCUCAGCUCAGUUCAGUUUGCUUCUUCCAUCAGUGCUAUGCUCCUGCUUCCACCCAUGAUGAAGGUCAGUGUCCGUGUCCUUCUGACCUGCAUGACUGGGCAAGUCCUAGUUCUGAUUAGCCUGGCUUCCCAAUAUUCACACAACCUGGGUGUUUGGUGAGUGAAACAAGAGAAGCAAAGAGUCAAUGAUGCUGAGGCAGGGCCUCAUGAGGACCAAUCUCAGUAAAGCUUGACAGGUCUCAGAGAGAGAGUGACCUCUCAGCAAGGACCCCACCACACCAACAGUCAUUAAGGCAGCAUUAGGGCCUCCAUUCCUUGUGACCUUGCACCUUGGAUCUCCUUGGACUCGAGCCUAUAUGAACCAGGUGGAACUGAGGUGGAGACUGCCUACGUUCCCCAUGCAGAAGCCAUUCAGGUACAGCUGAAGCAAGUCUCUUCUGAGGCCUACAGGGCCAGCAGGGUGGGAGGAGGGCUAGGAGCCACAGUGGGUUUGGGCACAGCCUCUCACUGCAAUAUUGAUGGCCCGUCAGUGCAGCCCUGAUUCCUGUGCUUUCAGUUAAAAGGUUUCUGUUGUUGUAGCUUAUGCAGUUGCUCUGUUGCUAUGGAAACAUGACAUCAAAAUGACGUUUCCCGUUUAAAAGCUUUUAACUAAAUUCCUGCCUGUCAGAUGUAGGCCCCAUUUUGAGCGUGGAGCUGCCUCGAGCGAGCGAGUGAACGAGUGCACUGCCUCUCGCCCAUGGUGCGCUGGCCAGGCCUGAGGCCCUGCCUGAGUGCCAUCCUUAACCCUGCAGGUGCCUCCAGCAUGGCAGCAGCCGAAGUGCCCGGCUACCUUGUGUCUCCUCAGACGGAGAAGCACCGGCGGGCCCGCAACUGGACAGAUGCGGAGAUGCGUGGCCUCAUGCUGGUCUGGGAGGAGUUCUUCGAUGAGCUCAAGCAGACCAAGCGCAAUGCCAAGGUGUAUGAGAAGAUGGCCAGCAAGCUCUUUGAGAUGACUGGGGAGCGACGACUAGGCGAGGAGAUCAAGAUCAAAAUCACCAACAUGACCUUCCAGUACAGGAAAUUAAAAUGCAUGACAGAUAGCGAGUCCGUCCCACCGGACUGGCCCUAUUACCUAGCCAUUGAUAGGAUUCUGGCCAAGGUCCCUGAGUCCUGUGAGGGCAAACUGCCGGAUGGCCAGCAGCCGGGGCCCUCCACAUCCCAGACCGAGGCAUCCCUGUCGCCGUCUGCUAAGUCCACCCCUCUGUACUUACCGUAUACCCAGUGCUCCUAUGAAGGCCGCUUCGAGGACGAUCGCUCCGACAGCUCCUCCAGCUUACUGUCCCUUAAGUUCAGGUCAGAGGAACGUCCUGUGAAGAAACGCAAGGUACGGAGCUGUCACCUCCAGAAAAAGAAGCUGCGGCUGCUGGAAGCCAUGCUGGAGGAACAGCGCCGGCUGAGCCGUGCCAUGGAGGAGACAUGCCGAGAGGUGCGCCGUGUGCUAGACCAGCAGAACAUCUUGCAGGUUCAGAGCCUACAGCUUCAGGAGCGAAUGAUGAGCUUGCUGGAGAAGAUCAUCGCCAAGUCCAAUGUCUAGGCCAUGGAGAGGAUGCCAGGUGCUGCAUAGUCUGUCUGGGGGCCCACCCAGGCUCAGGGCCACGCCUACCCAGGCAGAGUUCCAGAAAGGGGACAGGCUUCAAUCUGGCCUCUGAGCUUCUCUGAAGGGCUUUCCAGGACCCCAGUGGCCCUGGGAGACCUUAGGACCCCCAUCUCUAGCAUUAAUGCCAGGGACUCCAGGGCAACUCCUAGUGAGAAGAUUCCAGAAUCCACUCUCCAGAAUAGUUACUUCCAUGAUACUUGAAACGGCUUUUGAUAUUAAAUGUUCUUUCCAUUAUUGCCUGGAAGCCAACUUUGCUCUCUCUGGUGUGAAUGGGAGAGAGACAGUUCUCCUUUGCAGAUGAAAACAAAUGCCAUAAGCCAGAGGCAGGUUGUGGGGGUCUUUGUUCCCCAGGGUCUGUAGCAAGUGCCGUAACUACCCAGUUAUCACAGUACUAACCCAACCCAGUUACCCAUUGGUCAUCUGUUUGGAGCUCCAUGCUAGCACAGGAUCCAUGCUGACUCGACCUGCUCAUGCUCUUCAAAGGCCUGGUACGGGUCCUGGUAGUGGUGGCAUACUAAAUGAGGCACAGGUUCUGCCUUUAUGUAGCUUUAGUUCAGGCAGCAGAGAAAUAGUAGCUAAUGAUGGUCAGUGCUGAAGGGAAAGGUUGGACCUAUGACAGAAGGAACCAGAUUUAGGUAGAGCUAGGAAGAGUAACCCCACACAGGGAACAGCCCUUGCAAACACCCAGGGGCACCUGUUGCCAGCAGCCAGGUCACCCAGAGCAGUGCAAUUCUGGAAGAAGUUGGUGUUUUCUCUAAGCUUGUUGGGAGUGUUUUGGCCUGGCAUCUGAGAAGGCAUAAAUGGCCAUCAUGCCACUGCUGUUUUACCAUACGAAAGACUUCCCAGAACCCCUCAGCUGAAUAUCCUUAGUAUCUUGGCCAGGCCUGGGCUUUUUCAUGAAGGCCACUUCAUGGGAGACUGGAAGCAAGCCUGUCUGAUUCAACCUUUGGAACCAGGACAAUUGCAGCCCCAGAGGACCAGAUUCAGUGGAGAUGGGUCAGGUGCUUAUGUGUUUCAGUUUGCCCUGAGAUUUAGAGUGUACCUCUGAGGUGGGGGGGAGUGGGGCGGCGUGGCAAGGCUUCACCAGGCCGUGCCAAUCAUCCUGAUGGGAGAGUGUCAGCUCUUCUGACUCUUCAAUAAUAGUCAGCCAGGCAUGAGAGAGAGAGAGGCUGUGUGUCUGUGUCACCAGAUGGUAUGGUGACCUAUCCCAGGCUGCCUAUGGGAGGCAGCAUGAAGCAGAAUAGUAGGCACCGUCUACCUCGAUCUGAGCUCUAAGUCCCUCUGCCCCACAUAGGACUCCUGAGUCCAUGUCCUAUGGACUCUGCAUUUUGCUGGCAACCACAGGCAGUGGGAAACAGUAACAUAGUGGUACAGAUGGAUCAUUUGUCCACACCUGUGGUGUAAAUUAAGCAAAGUGCCAGCUGUCUAUGCAAUGUCCCUGUAUCCCUAACAUGGAAGAGAUCAAAUAGUUGGUUCGUGGGCACCAGUGCAACUAACUAGAGUGCUCUCCUGGAAAACAGCUGGAUGGCUCCAGGAAGAUAGAGAACUCAGGGGCAUGUGGUACUUGAGAGCCAAGUCAAGGAGCCUGGCCUCCUCCUGCCUCCCAGAAUUCAUCUGCAGCCUUAGGUGCUGGGAUGCCCACCAUGGACACUCAGUGAUCUGCUGACAUGCACCACCUGUCCUUGUUUGUGGGUCAUUGAGGCUGGACUGCCAUGAAACUCCUGAGACUCAAAAAAGAGUUUUCCAGCCUGAGAGGCUACUGGAGGGGAGCACUGGCCACCUGUGUCUCGGAGCUCCACAGGAGGAUUAGAAUGGGGGUCAAGAGGCAGCCAGUGUCUUCAUGUUUAGACCCCUCUGUGUUCCAGAAUCGAGGCACUGGUACACUGCCAUUUCAGAGCUUGUGUCAGUUUGCAUCUUUGCACUCUGCGUUUGGAAGCAGCCACUGUCUCAGCAGUCUGGGGCUUGUUCAUUUGCCCCCCUCAGGGCUGGAUGGGACUCAUCUGUUGAACGUCUGAUCAAACCUUCCACAGUGUGUCCAUGAGGACUUUAUGGUUUCUUCUUUAGCUAUUGGGUCAUUUUAGAGUAAAAUAACUCUAUUAGUAAAUGCUAAAAUAUCUGAUCUGAUUCAGCAAAACAUGAACACAGGAGCCAGGAGGUGCUUUCACCAUCACUACCUAAUUCUCUGCCAUCUAGAACAAGAAAGACACUGGUCAGCAAACAGAGAAAGCUAAGGGACAGGAUGAAGAUGUGACAGUUACCAUUAUCUCCAGAUAGUACUUUUGAUGAUCCAGAAAACCAAGUACACAAAAAACUCAAGAGUUGCAACCUAAAAGUAUUAAAAUUGACGAGAAAUGAGUCCACUCUAUUGAAACCAGAGUAGUAGACUGCCCAGGAGUGGAUUUAACCAGAAAGACCAAGACCCUUGUGAAGAUACACAGUGUCAUUGUAAGAUGCAAAACAGUACCCAAAUACUGAAUGCAGUUGAAUGCACCAGAGAAGCCCCAGCCUUGUCGUUGUGUUCAUGUGAUCCCACUAUGCUUCUAGCAGAGCUGCCAACUUGGUUAUGAAAUGAAAAAAUUAUGUUUAAACUCAUGUGAAACAGAGGAUGGGGCCAAAGGUGGGAAGACAUGCUCCAUGGCCUGCAGAGUUGGGAUGUGCACACUGGGAGCCUUCAGGUUACCUUGUGUGGCGAUGCUAAUGAGAAAUGUCACCUGUAGUCUCAGACAUUUGAAUAUUCAGUAUCCAGGUGGUGGCGCUGUUUGGGGUGGCUUCAGCAUAUGACCUUGCUGGAGGAGGAAUUGCCACUGAAUGUGGGCUUUCAGAAUUUAAAGACUUGUGUGAUUCCUAAUGAGCUCUCUCUGCUUCCUGCUUGUGGUUCAAGGUAGGAGUGCUCAGCUGACCCUGCCACCAUGCCUGGCCCCUGCCCUUCUUCCCUGCUGUGGUGGUGAUGGACUGUUAGCCUUUUGGAACCAUAAGCCCAAAUAAACUCUUCCUUCCAUAGGUUGCUCUGGUCAUUGUGCUUUAUAACAGCAACAGGGAAGUAACUGGUGUACCUCAUCACAUGUGGGCCUGGCCCGGAAUCUGAUGGAAUCAGAGACUAAGAGCCUCAAGGACAGAACUCACACACUGGGUAAGGCCUCUUCAAGGAUCCAUCUGAAGAGAUGUUCCUUUCCAUGCAGCAGCUCCACAGCUCACACAGUGCCUCAGCAGGGCAGCUUAGCAUGCCACUGGAGCAUGAUAGAGCUCAGGCCAUCAUCUCAGGGACCCCAAAAGUGACCAACGAUGGAUACCAGAGAGCUUUAAAGAGUUCCAACCAGCAGCACCAGUACAUAUAGAAAACCUUAUUAAAAAUUAAACUUUAGACUUAUGAAAAUGUUACUUAUUUCAGAACAGUAAGCCCAUUACAUAUUACUAUCAGGACCAAUUGUAUGAAAAUGUAUUUUCCAAAACAAGGUUUCAGCAAAAAAAAAGUGGCAUUGUAUUAUAGUUGUAUAAUCUCCGGCUUACAGGAACCAGUGAGGGUUCCUUGGGCGCCUGGGUACUCUGCUGCUGGCAGAGUUUUUGGUUGUUAAAUGCAGGAUUCUAUCUGAAAACUCCAACCUCACAGGAAAUUACCUGGA